AAAUCGAUUGACAGUGUGAUUUUUUUCAAAGUUUGCAUUUUUUUUCAGGCAAUGGGUCGUCUACAGCUUUUUGAUGACGGCGACGAUUCUCCAAACGGCGGCGAAGAUGACUUGUCAAAGAUUGAAAUCAACCACGAAUUCGCCAAACGCUACGAGUACAACAAGAAGCGAGAGGAAUUGCAGAAAUACGAGGAGCUGAAAAAGCAGGGGCGCGUGGACUCGGAGUCCGACGAAUCCUCUUCCGACGAGGAGGAGGAGGAGUUGAUCAAACCGAGUAAGAAGACGGACCUCGCGUUUUUCGACGCGCUUAUUAAGGUGAAAAAUCAGGACCCUGUUUUGAAAGAUACUGACGCAAAAUUGUUCAAUUCUGACUCCGAGGACGAUGAUGGUGCGAGUGAAGAAAAGGGGAAGCAGGAGAAGAAGCAGAAGCCAAUGUAUUUGAAGGAUGUUGUAUCGAAGCAUUUAAUUGAGGAGGGUCCGGAAUUUGAUGAUGAAGAAAUGGAGAAUGGGGAAAAUCAUGGAAAUGAAAAUAGAGUUAAGAGUUAUAAGGAAGAACAAGAUGAAUUGAGGCGGCAGUUUCUGAAAGCGGUGGAAGAGGAAGAAGGGAAUAUCGAAGAAGGCGGAGAUUUCAUAAGGGUGAAGAAUAGUGGGAUGAGAGACGAGGAAGAGGAAGAGGAAGAUGAUGAUGAUGAUGAUGAAAUUGGAGGGAAAUUGGACGAGUAUUUUGGCGAAGACGAGAAAUUGGAUGAGAAUACCAUGUUUCUGAAGGAUUUUUUUCGGAAAAAGAUGUGGAUGGAUGAUAAAAGUAGUAAUGUGCGACGCGAGGACGUAGAUAUUUCGGAGGAUGAAGAGGAGGUAGAGAAGCAAGAAGAUUACGAGAGAGAGUUCAAUUUUCGGUACGAGGAGAAUGCUGGCGAUAGGGUUAUGGGACAUUCUCGAAAAGUGGAAGGUUCCGUUAGGAAGAAGGAUAAUGCAAGAAAAGUGCAGAGGGAGAGAAAAGAAGAGAGAAUGGUGCAGGCCGAGUUCGAAAGGAAGGAAGAGCUGAAGAGGCUGAAGAAUUUGAAGAAGAAAGAAAUCAACGAGAAGCUGCAGAAGAUUAGGGAGGUGGCUGGCAUUACAGAGGAGGGCGAAAACGCCUUCUUAGACGAGGACGAUUUGGAGGAGGAGUUCGACCCCGAAGCUUACGAUAAGAAGAUGAAGGCGGCGUUUGGCGAUGGGUAUUACGAUGCAAAAGAUGUUGAUCCGAAGUUUGGGAGCGAUGACGACGACGAAGAAGGAGAAGAUGAGAUUGAGAAGCCGGAUUUUGAUAAGGAAGAUGAGUUGCUUGGGCUUGAAAAGGGUUGGGACGAGGCGUAUGAAUCUAGGGAAGGGUUUAUUUCGGCUAGGCAGAGAAUCUUGAAAGAUAAGGUUGUGGGUGAUGAAAACGAGGUUGGUGAAGAUGAGUCGAAAGAAGGUAAGCGGAAGAGAAAACGGAAGCCUAGUGAAGUGGAGCUGGCGUUAAAGGAGGGGCUGAUGGAGGAGUACUAUAAGUUGGAUUACGAAGACACUAUUGGAGAAUUGAAAACGAGAUUCAAGUACAGGCCGGUUAAAGCUAAUAGAUACGGGCUGACCCCGGAUGAAAUAUUGAAGGCAGACGAGAAGGAAUUGAAUCAGUGCGUUCCGUUGAAGAAAAUGCCUCCGUACGCGGAGCAGGAAUGGAAAGUGCCUCGUAGUAAGAUUAUUGAGCUGAAACAGAAAAUCAAGAACGUUGGUAAAGUGGGUACGUCUAAUUCGGUUAAUGAAGAUCGGAAGGAGAAACGAGAUGAUGCGUUGGAAUCGAAUGGAGAAACAAGCAACGGUUUGUCGAGAGGAAGUAAGAGGAGACGCCGUCAAGCUGAGCUCAGACUGCCCGUUACGAGGCUUAUGGCAUAUGGGAAAAUCCCUUCUAAGUCGAAGAGUAAGAAGAAGCAGUAGUGGAGUUUCGGUACGAGUUUCUGCAACUGUUUUGUUAGAGAUCAAGAACAGAGGAAUUAAGGGUUGUGGUUUCUUACUGUUUCAUGGCUAUGCAGCAAAGGAUACAUACAGAGAGUAUAAGGAAUUUUUGCACUUGAAAAGCUGCUUCCUUUUUUAAUUUACAUAGACUAAUGUUGUUCAGUAUUUGUGUACUUUACAUUUUUGCCCCUGUCAAACAGUUAUUGAGUUUAUUUGAGUUGGUAAAUUUAAUGGUUUAUUAAUUUAUUCUUCAUUCCUA